AUGUCAGAAGUAAUGGAAGAUCCCUUUGAUCAGGUAGCAAACGACACUCAAGAGCAAUUAGAUAGAUUGAAACAUUACUUGACAACACAUGGACGAGACGAUGAAGUUAUAGACAUUUUAAAGGAUGUUAAGGAUACGAUGGUAGAUCUGGAGAGAAGUAUUAUAGUCAUGAAAAGGUCAGGACAGGAUGUGAGCUCAAGAGAGGAUAAAUUGACCCACAUACGAAGAGCCUUGGAUUUGUUAGAUAGCACGAAGCCUAAUACAGUAAUAGCACAGAAAGGGCUUACAGUACCUCUGGACGAAGAAGAAGUAGAAACUCGAGCCUCUAAAGGUAAUGCCGGUGAUCAGGAUCCAUCAGGUGGGAUGAUAAACCCAUUCCAAGAACAAUUAUUAAGGGAACAGGAUAGCCAUCUUGAUGAUAUCCAUAAGACAAUGCAGAAUCUACAUGUACAUGCGCAAACAAUGGGCCAAGAAUUAGAAGACCAAGGCCAGAUACUAGAUGAACUAGAUGAAAACUUCGAUUCAAUUACAAAUAAAGUGCAGAGAGGGAGACGACAAUUGGAAUGGAUUUAUGAGAAAAAUAAAGAAAAAUAUAACGAUUGUUGCAUUGGAUUAUUGAUUAUAGCUCUAAUAGUUCUCUUGGUACUUGCAUUUAUUGCAUGA